AGGAUGCGUCUUUGUAGUGUCUACCAUAUUGUUUUUGAGAAUGUAUAUGCUCGUUAUUAAUUUGAAAAAAAUACUGACUUGAUAUCCAAGAAUCAUUUUAUUUACACUCGGAUUAAUGGACUGUUAUCGACAAUGAACUGCGUUGAUACAUGCAAAAUAAAACUAGAAGUAUAAAUAAAGUUGUGCACAUAAUAAACUGUUGUACUUUCGGUUUCGAUUCCCCGUUGUGUUGCUGUAAACACACCGAUAAAGGUAGUAGAUCAAGCAAACUACAUAAGUCGGAUUAUAUAUAAUAUACCUGUCAUAUACGAUACAAUAUAAAUAUGGAAGUUUCAGGAAGAAAAGGGUUUAAUAAGCAUGAAAAUGUACAUUGUAAGCCUUGUGCGGAACGUAAAUUAUCUACGCGUGCUACUGGUUUGUGUAGAGAGUGUGCGGAGCAUAUGUGUAAGGAUUGCUUUGAUACACAUAAGCAAUUUAAGCUAAAUCGAGGACAUAUAUUGACCAACUCUGACGAGACAGUUGCAGAAAAGGAAAAUGCCGAAGAUUUAGAGAAAUGCGAGCAGCACUUCAGUGAGCUGAUAAAAUUUUAUUGUCCACAACACGAACAAGUUGGAUGUGGUGACUGUAUGAUUCUUGAACACAAAACUUGCAAAGUCGAAUACAUUCGUGACAAGGCAAGAGUAUUCAAAAGCAGUCAGGAGUUCAAAACUCUGGUGCAAGGAGCCAAGAAGUAUCUCAGCGAAGCAAACGAAAUUUCAAUCUCUAUAAAGGAAAACAAGAAACAAGCUCUAAAUAUCAAUGAGAAGUUCCUCAAGGAUGUAAACAUGUUUAAAGAAGACUUGAUUUCACAUGUUAAUAAACUGACAAAUGCCAUAUUAAAGCAAGGAGAAAUUAUCAAGGUGAAGGACAUGAAGAAUAUGGAUGUAUUAGAAAAGGAAAAUGAAGACUUGAUGAUUGAAAUAUCGCGCUUGACUAAAGUGUUUGAGUCACAGAUUGACCAACCUCAGAAACUCUUUGUCAGUUCAGUUUUACAAAAACCUAAACUGAAUCAACUUCGAGAACAACUUGACAGUAUACAAGGCAGAAACAAUAUUGAAAGUUACGAGUUUCAACGUAAUGAUAACCUAGAGCGUUCCGUUAAAGAUAGUAAACAAAUGGGAAGUGUACAAAGAAUUAAGCCGAGGAAUGAAACGGAUGUAAGAAAAGAAAUCAAACCAAAAAAAAGGACCUCGCUGUCUCAAGACCCUGUGCCCAAGAAACCCCAGCCUUUGCUGGACAGACAACUAAUCUGCAGAAACAUUGCUGUUGAUGGAGAAUACCUCAGUUAUACGGAUAAUGGAAGUGGUGGUGUUGGUCUAUAUGUUGACAAGCAUUACGUGGACUAUGGAAGAUAUUUCGAAGUGGAGAUACUGAAUAUGGGUCAACGUGGCACUAUCGCUAUAGGUCUGGUACCAGCGAAUUAUCCAGAGAAUCAUCAGCCAGGAUGGGGAAAAGAUUCUAUAGGAUAUCAUGCAGACGGCUUGUUGUAUGAUGGAAUUGGUACUGGGAAGAAAUUUGGACCAAAGUGCAAUGUUGGUGACAGGAUAGGCUGCGGGAUAACUAUGAUAACUAUAGGUGGUUUUCGGUGCAAAGAGAAAUACCAUAUACCAUUAUCAACGUGA